AUGACCCACCAAACCCACGCAUACCACAUAGUCAACCCCAGCCCAUGGCCACUUACAGGGGCCCUUUCAGCCCUCUUAAUAACCUCAGGUCUAGCCAUAUGAUUUCACUACAAUUCAACACUAUUAUUAACCCUUGGAAUAACUACUAAUCUAUUAACAAUAUACCAGUGAUGACGAGACAUCAUUCGAGAGAGUACAUUCCAAGGCCAUCAUACACCCACUGUCCAAAAAGGCCUUCGAUAUGGAAUAAUCCUCUUUAUCGUCUCAGAAGUAUUCUUUUUUGCAGGCUUCUUCUGGGCCUUUUACCACUCAAGUCUAGCCCCAACCCCCGAACUAGGAGGAUGCUGACCACCAACAGGCAUUAUUCCCUUAAACCCCUUAGAAGUUCCACUACUUAACACUUCUGUACUUCUAGCCUCUGGAGUAUCAAUCACUUGAGCCCACCAUAGUUUAAUAGAAGGAAACCGAAAACACAUGCUCCAAGCACUAUUUAUCACAAUUUCCCUAGGAGUUUACUUCACACUCCUCCAAGCCUCCGAAUAUUACGAAACAUCAUUCACAAUCUCAGAUGGGAUUUAUGGGUCUACCUUCUUCAUGGCCACAGGAUUCCACGGACUACAUGUAAUCAUUGGCUCCACUUUCCUAAUUGUAUGCUUCUUACGUCAACUAAAAUAUCACUUUACAUCAAACCACCACUUCGGAUUCGAAGCCGCUGCUUGAUAUUGACAUUUCGUAGACGUAGUUUGACUAUUCUUAUACGUUUCCAUUUAUUGAUGAGGAUCUU